AUGCCAUUUGGAGUACCUACGGGAAGAUAUAUUACAUUUGUGGCUACAGCGAUGAUCACCAUGUUCGUUGGAGCUCAAACUGUACAUAUUUAUUAUAGGCCUUUGGACGAUCUAGAUGCCUACAUAGAAAAGGCAAAAAAGGAAAAGAACAAGAUGAAAUGACAUUUAUUGAUGCUCUUUCCUUGAAUAUUUGUAAAAUGUAAAUAUAGUGAUUUAGUUUGGUUUUA